AAGUGACGUCAGCAGACGCAGAGCGGCGCGGCGGGAGAUUUGAAUCCGCGAGGCGGCGGCAGGUCGGGGGGUCUCGGGCGUGACGUCACGGCGCGAGCGGCAGGGUGAUGUCAUAGCGGGGGGCCCUCUCGUCAUGCCCCGCCCCAAACCCACCGCCCCCCGGCGCCGCCGCGUCCCCGCGCCCCCCCCGCCCCCCCCGCCCCCGCCAACGCCCAGACGGCCCCGCAGACGCCGGCCGGGUGAGCGGGCGCUGCAGGAGAUCCGUCGGUACCAGAGCAGCACCCGCCUGCUGCUGCGCCCGGGGCCCUUCGUGCGCCUGGUGCGGGAGAUCUGUCUGCUCUUCACCCGGGGGGUCGACUACCGGUGGCAGCGCAUGGCGCUGGUGGCCCUGCAGGAGGUGGCGGAGGCGUUUGCGGUGCGGCUGCUGGAGGACGCCCACCUCUGCGCCCUGCACGCCCGGCGCGUCACCCUCUACCCCAAGGACCUGCAGCUGGCGCGGCGCCUGCGGGGCGUGGAGUAGGGGGCGUCUGGGGGGACCCCCCCCAAAAUGGGACCCCCCCAGUGGGAACCCCCCAAUGAGACCCCUCCCAAUGGGACCCCCCGGGAUCCCCCCAUGGGACCCCCCGAUGGGACACCCUCCCCGUGGGAUCCCCCCUUGGGAACCCCCAAAUGUGACCCCCCCGUGGGACACCCCCCCCCAUGGGACCCCCCCCUCGGGAACCCCCCGACAGGAUCCCCCCCCCCCCCAAACACGACCCCGCCC